AUGCAGUCGAACUCGCCAUUCCAGCGCCAUCGCCCUCGCCCAGUCGCCCUCGCUCUUCUACUCUGUGACUCUGUCAAACAGCUUAUUAGGGGUGGAGGAAUUCAUCGGUUUAAACUUCAUUUGGCUGGAAAAGGAGGAGAUAUUGAGUCUUGUCGAAAGGUGCCAGCUGCAGUGAGACACCAAUUCCAUGAAAGUAUUGAAGAGCUUCGAAGCAAGAAAAGAAAAACUCAAGAACAAUAUGCCGAAAGUUAUAAUGCUUGUGAUGAUGUUGAAAGAGAAUUUGACGAGAUCGAACGUAAUGAGAUGCAACAACAACAAAAAUCCAGGGUUCCAACACCUAUCUCUAGAAAAGGAAAACAAGUCAAAGGUUUACAAUCCUAUUUUCCAUCGGCAACAACACCCGGAGCUCAACCAACUAUCAAAAACGUUCUUCAAAGCAAAGAAAUUAUGGAGAAGUGUGAUAUUGCUAUUGCGAAAUGGAUGGUGGAUGCCUCUGUUCCAUUUAAUGCGAUUAAUUCAGCUUACUAUCAGCCAAUGAUUGAUGCUAUUGCAAGCAUGGGUGCAGGGUAUAAAAGGCCAAGUUAUCCAAGAGUCCGUGGGUAUUUGUUGAGUAAAUUAGUUGAGGAUGUGAGGAAAAUGAUUGAUGGUUAUCGUGAGAUUUGGAAGCAAACUGGAUGCACUAUUAUGGCCGAUGGAUGGACUGAUCGUUGUAGGCGUACUUUGAUUAAUUUUUUAGUUUAUUGUCCUAAAGGAACUAUUUUUCUAAAGUCAGUUGAUGCUUCUAAUAUCUCAAAAACUGCUGAAAAUUUGUUUAAGUUGUUUAGGGAUGUUGUAUUGUUUGUUGGUCCUGAGAAUGUUGUGCAUAUUGUAACGGACAAUGCUGCAAACUAUGUUGCUGCGGGAAGAUUGUUGGAGGCUGAGUUUCCUAAAUUGUAUUAG